CUCUUUCUCUAAUUAUUUAGGUACAUUUAAGCUUAUAAUGGCAGAUAUGCUGAAUGAAAAACCACUGAAAUCAUUUUAUCAUAAAUCGACUGUGAGUGACGGAAAAAUGAAGCAUUACUUGACUCCACUUGAGCGGAAAGCAAUUAGAGAUAUCAGGAAUAUUGAACUUGAAAAUAAGUUUCUGGAUAAUACACCAAUGAAAGAUGACAAAGAAAAUAUAAAAACACAGAAAAAUUCAAUAAAAAGUACAAAUCGUCGACUUUAUCUAAAAACCACAAAGACUGCAAAGGAAAACAAGCAAUCGACUCCCAAGAAAAUGGCAGUCCGAAAGUACAAUUGGGCACCUAAGUCCCUUGGCAGGAGCUAUUUUAAAGAUCAUUGGAUAUCAAAAACUUCGAAAACUAAAAUUUUUUUGGAAUCUCCAAAAUUGAAAUCUAUAAUGAAUUUAUCAUAUGAUAAUCUCAACCGAAGCCUACCGAACAUUUCAAAUGAAUAUCCACAAGAUGAUAAUGAUUGUAAAAGUUCAUCUUUCUGUGUUAAAGAUGAUGUGAGUGAUGAGAUUGAAGCUGAACCCCCUGCUAAAAUGCGUAAAAUUGAUACUGUUCAUCGUGACACUACUUCUAUUAUAAAUUUGGAACGUUCAGUACCAGCUGAAGAAAUCAAGCAACUGAAAACACAGAAGGACAAGAGUUUGGACCACAAAAACAGCACUAGCAAAUUUUUUCCAAUCUUCAACAAGCAUAGUGUAAAAGAAAAUAAACAAACAGAAAAUUGUGAUCAAACUGACAAUGAGAAAAGUCAAUUGAGUAAGAAAAUAAUUUCUCCCAUUACACCUGAAAACUUGUCAUCUACAUUAGCCGGUAAUCAUAAAGCAAAAAACAACGUGAAAAAGAGCAGUCCUCCAAGUAAACAAAUGAUUAUAGAUGCAGGUCAGAAAAGGUUUGGAGCAACACAAUGUUCAAUGUGUGGAAUGGUAUAUUCAGCUAAUCAUCCAGAUGACGAAAAGGAUCAUAUCAAUUAUCACAAAAGAUUCCUUAAUUUUGUCAAAUUUUUAGGUUGGAAAAAUGAAAGAAUUGUGUCUAGUUUUAUGGAUGGAAGAAUUAUUAAAGUUACACCAAAUGAUCCAAAAUACGCUGUUAAAAAGGUUGCUGACAUUCUGACCAUCGUUGACAUUGAUUUGGGUUUCAAGACUGUAAAGACUGGACUCGUGUCAUCAAGAAUUGCUUAUUUCUUUAUUUCUGAUACUGAAAAGAUUGCAGGAUGCUUGAUCGCAGAAAAAAUAUCAGGUGCGCAUCGAUUAAUUCCUGGAAAAAGUACAGAAGAGUCAUCUGCCAAAAAUGUGUUGUGUUUCACUGAUCACAGACUUACACCUGCUGUAUGUGGUGUAUCGAGAAUAUGGACAUAUGGUCCAAUGCGUAGGAAGAAAAUUGCAACUCGUCUGCUUGAUGCAGUCCGCUCGUCAUUUGUACUAGGGUCUUGUUUGGAUAAAUCUCAGGUUGCUUUCUCUGAUCCUACUCCUGAUGGUCGAGCAUUUGCUACAAAAUAUUUUGGAACUCCGAACAUACUUGUGUAUAACUUUCUGCGAUAAACAUUGAGCAAAUAUGCCGUUAAUUACCAUGUUUCAGUUAUUCUGUCUAUAUCCAGUUCUUUUCAUUUCAGUGAUGCUUUUUUGAUUUUUCAUGUUGGUUUCUUGAUCAUGGUGUCUCGAUGGUUCAUAAGAAUUAAUGGUUUAUUUAGAUAGAAGCUGUUCAAUGUUCUUGAGAGAAAACUGACUAAUGCUUCACUGAUUCAUCUGAUGAUUUCAAAAUUUUUUUUUACAUUUACAAUAAUCAUUAGUGAGAUUUGAACUUAGUUUUUACAUUUCACAGCCCGACAGAGACAAGUUCCUGGGCCAUUAAAAAACUGACUCUGUCUGUGACUCAGAAUUCACAAAAUUUGGACCUUUGUUCAAAAAAUUUAAUAUUUCUCACUCCACCUUUCCACUCGAGAUUAAAAAAUUUUUUGAGAAUUUUUCACUUUCACAUUUAUUGUGAAUUUCAAAAUAUGAUUGAUUGGAUAUUUAUGUUUAUCUGGGCGGAGAGGAAUUUUUAAUUCAGCUUUAUUAUUGUCUACGCAAAACAUUUUUAUCGGGCUACAAGCUCAAUUUGGGGAUGUGUAAUGGAGAUAACCGCAACCAACAAGCAGAAUGAUAGCAGACAUCAAUCCUCUCGCUCAUGACUGCGACAGAAGUAGAAUCUGUGAAUCCAGGAUGAUUACAUGUACACGCUUAUUUUUGACUCCACGCCAUAGCAAAGCAAACGUUUAGCAAAGUUUUCUACUGGUAUUCAGUAUCAAACUAAUUAUGAUAUUGGUUUGACCACAUACAAAAUACAGACGUCACUGCUUUUCCAAUUUCUAUUGCUCAUUUUUUUUAAAUUGCUUUUUUAUGUUAGUAGUCAUUGUUUGACUCUUGGUUGCUUUGACAAAAAGUUUUGUUAUGUCUAUUUCAUUUUUACCAUUUCCUUGUUUCGACUGUUUGCUUAUGGGAAAUAAUGCCAAUGCUGGUUUUUGAA